UACUGUAUCUCUUCUAUGUUGUACUAUACUCAUCGGAAAUGUUCUCCUCGCCAUCUUGUAAAAUCCUUUCUUGUCGUCUUUUCUGGUAGGUGCACGUGGAAAUCCAAGAUGUCGUCACACUUGAAUUGGAUGAUAAUCCGCGACAAUAAUGCCUUCCUUCUCAAAAAGCGCAAUAUCAACAAGCCGUUUUCUACGGAAGCUAAUAACUUGACGAAUCUGAGUAGUUACCGCUACUCUGGUUUGGUUCACCGUAAGAGCGUCGGCAUAGUUGAUACUCCUGACAAAAAGGGAUUCACAGUUGUCUACAAGAAAGCUAAGGCAGUCAAUAAGCCUGCCAAAGCUACUGUGAAGAGUACAAUGAAGGCAGGAGCUCGUCGUUCUCUUCACAAGUUGAAAAUUCUGCUUAGAAAAAAUAAAUAUCGUGUAGAUCUUACCAAGGCUGCACUGAGACGAGCCAGCGCUGUACUGCGAUCGCAGAAACCUCUUCCUGCUAAGAAGACACGAACCACUAAAAAGACCGAUUAAUUUGUACACUUUAUUAAAUAUACAUUAUAAAUUCAAAUAUUUGUUAUGAGCGAUGUAUUCUGUAAAGUAAAUGUGCUCUAGCUUUUUAAG